AUGGCCAUGUUCGAUGGCAAGGUCAACGGCAACAGCGACGACAAGAGCGACGACGACGACAAGGUGAACAAGUGGAAGGCCUAUUUCGUCCAGUACGAGGCCUUUAACCUUUACACGCGCCAAAACUACUACGCUGAUUACGCGGGGAAAUGGUCCAAGAAGCGGACUGCGAUCUUGAAGGUUCUGAAGAAUUACGGCGCAUGUGAUGAAGGCACCUCAGACUGGGUGCGGGGAAGAUUCGAGAGCGCGGGUCCUUCGGCGGAUGAGGGCGAUAUCGCACGGGCCGAAGCCCCGGGUCUGUGGGCAGACUUCGAGAAGAAGAUGGAUGCUGCCGUAGCGAAGGCAGACGAAAAUCACCACCGAAAGACAUUUGUCGACCUCAUUAAGGCAUCAGGGGAGUAUUACAGUGACAGCGAUAUCGACAUCGACAAGGAUGUCUACUAG